UGCCCUUUGUUAAUUUCACGGUACAGAGGUUGACUUCUUGAGAGAGCCGACGGGAGCCGACGGGAGCCAGCGGCCCGUCCUCGCCGGCGCCGGGGAGGCAGCGCACGACGGAGGGCCGUCUUGUCUUCCCCAGCGUCAGGGCCGCGGCUGGCGGCGGAGAUCUCGUCCUCGCCCCCCUCAUCAGCGCCGUCGCCGGCGGAGAUCUCCUGUACGUUGCAGUCUACCUCAUACCUCCUCCGGCGAAGGUGAACAUCCUUUGCUACGAACAUCCUUUGCUAUGAGCCGCCGCGUUGUCCCCGUCGGCAGACGCAUCUUGGAGCAGAACAUCAAGGACCGGUACCGCACAGGACACAUUGGCACCGAGGAUGCACUCCACCUGUUUGACGAAUUGCUCCAGGUUGCUCAGCCCUCCUCGAUUGCUGCCAUCAACUGCCUCCUCACUGUCGUCGGCCGUCAUUGCCCUGCGCUCGGCGUCUCCCUCUUCAACCGUGUUGCAAGAACCAAGGUGCCUCUCCAGAGUGUCACCUAUGGCAUUCUAGUCAACUGCUGCUGCGGCGCUGGCUGCUUGGACCUCGGUUUUGCCGCCAUGGGCAACAUCAUUAAGAUGGGUUUUAUGAAAGAAUUCAUUGUUGCUUUCAGCCACCUACUCAAGGCCAUCUGUGCGGAGAACAAGACCAGCUAUGCAAUGGACAUCGUACUCCGAAUAAUGCCCAUGUUUAACUGUGUACCCAACAUUUUCUCCUACAACAUUCUUUUCAAGGGUCUCUGCAACAAGAAGAGGAGCCAAGAGGCUCUCGAGCUGAUUCAGGUGAUGGUUGAGCAUGGAGGUAGCUGCCAACCUAAUGUGGUGACCUAUAGCACCGUGAUUGAUGGCUUGUUGACAGAGGGUGAGGUGAACAAGGCUUACAGCCUAUUUUGUGAAAUGUUACAGAGGGGAAUUUCGCCGAAUGUUGUGACCUGUAGUUCAAUCAUCUCUGGCAUGUGCAAGCUUCAUGCGAUGGACAAGGCGGAGGAGGUUCUUCAACAGAUGUUUGAGAGACGAAUUCUGCCAGAUGUUGCCACAUAUACUAGUCUAAUACAUGGAUAUUAUUCAUUAGGACAGUGCAAAGAGGUGGAUUGGAUUUUACAGGAAAUGUCUAGAAAUGGUGUUCAACCAGAUAUUGUAACUUACAAUAUACAGAUGGAUUAUCUUUGUAAGAGCGGAAGGUGCGCAGAAGCUAGGAAAAUAUUUGAUUCCAUGGUCGGUUUGGGCCAAAAACCAGAUGUUACUACCUACAACGUUCUGCUUCAUGGGUAUGCUAUGGAAAGAUCUUUUCAUGAUAUGAAUUGUCUCAUUGAGUUGAUGGAUGAUAAUGGUAUUUCACCAGAUCAUUAUGGCUACAACAUACUCAUAUCUGCUUAUGCUAAAGAAAAAAUGGUUGAUGAAGUAAUGCAUAUAUUUACAAAAAAAUCAAGAAUUCAAACAGAACAUAUGAAUUCCAAAAGGUUCACAUUUGUUUUCUAA